AUGCGCCGUGUUGAUGGUAUUGCUACUGCAACAGCGUCCUGGUUCGCUGACGAGAUUGAGUACGGUGAUCUCUACCACCCUGCCCUGAUUGAUGUUGCACUGCAACCGGUGUUUGCUGCUUUCAACGCCCCAACUGCCGAAAGACUCUGGACUGCAUACCUACCUCAAAGCUUCGAAAAGAUCACAGUCAACCCAAGACAUCGCCUCAUCCCAUCAUCUGGUGGUCAAAUCGAGGUUCUCAUCGAUGCCUUCUCCACAGAACUGUCGGCAACCAAGAUCAGUGGCGAUGUCAGCAUCUACUCGCCCCACGACGACUUCAGGACACCGUUCCUUCAACUUGAAGGAAUGGCGUUGGCAGCUCUCGGACGACCAGACGCCUCCAACGACCGCAUCAUCUUCGCAGAGACCAAAUGGGAAGCUGACGUGCUGGGCGGCGCCGAGUUCGAAAUCGAUUUCAACCCACCGCAAGAUGUGGCGGUUCAAGAAUCUGAGCGUGUUGCUCUGUUCUUCUGCCGCAAGCUGUUGGUAGAGGCGAGCAAGGUUGGCGUUGAGAACUUGAAGCCUCAUGAGAAGAUGAUGUUCGAACAGCUCACGGAUCUGGCGAACACGGUCGAGAAGGGACCUUAUCGCAACUGGGCAAAGGACACGAGAGAAACGAUCGAUGCCAUUCUUGAAAGGAACCAGGACCAAGUUGACUUUGAACUUCUACGACUCGUGGGAGACGAAGCCGGUAGCGUAUUCCGGAACGAGAAGCAAAUGGUUCAUGUCCUUUUUGCGGAUGACAAACUGAGCCAUUUCUACCGCGAAGGCCUUGGUCUUCGCAAUGCUCAACGCCAAGUCUCGGCCUACUUGAAAGCCAUAUCCCAUCGGUACCCAAAGGCAAAUAUUCUCGAAAUCGGAGCCGGAACUGGUGCGACGACUUCAGCUGUCUUUGAUACCAUCGGCGACCAUUUCGGCUCUUACAACUUCACCGACGUGUCGCUUGCGUUCUUCCCCGAGGCGCAGAAGCGAUUUGCGGAACACGUGCAUAAGAUGACUUUCAAGAAGCUGGAUAUCGGGCAUCCAUUCGAGGAGCAGGGCUUCGACACCCCAUCAUAUGAUGUUAUUAUUGCUGCGAAUGUUUUGCACGUGUCGGAUGACAUUGAAGCCUUGCUGCGCCGUGUCAGGGGGUUACUCAAGCCCGGUGGCUUUCUCAUCGUUACUGAACCGACCUCGGAUCACCUCCGGAUUCAAGUGAUCAUGGGUGGCCUGGAGGGUUGGUGGCUCGCGCGCGACAAUUGUAGACGCUUCGGACCAGUCGCAACCAUUGAGACUUGGGACGAAAAGCUCCGCAACGUUGGAUUCACCGGUGUCGAUAUGUUCAGCCAUGACCAGAAGGAAAAUGAAUUUCACACUUUCACCUCUUUCGUCAGCCAAGCUACUGACCAUACAAUCAACGCUCUUCGAGAGCCGCUCGACAACACCCAUAUGAUACCCGACUUUAUUCCAUUUACUCUCAUUGGUGGUUCCACAUUUGCAACGUCAAAGACUGUCCGCUCAGUAAAGGAUAGAUUGUCAGGUUUUGGCAACGAUGUCGUCCAUUUUCCCGACCUUCGAAGUGUCAAGCCAUCCGAUGUACCCGCCAACUCUGUGGUUCUCUGUCUCUCUGAGGUGGACCAGCCGACGUUCAAGAGCGGAGUUGAUGAUGCAGCUCUGUCAGGAUUCAAAGGAAUUAUUGAGAAGGCUCGGGGAGUAUUGAUAUUUACGAAGAAUGCGGCAACGUCAAAUCCUUACUCAAACAUGUUGGUCGGCUUGUGCCGCGGACUACGCGCUGAAAGGCCUGCCUUGGGAAGCUUCCUCCAGGUCAUGGAUAUCGACGGAGCCACCAAGCUUAAUCCCAACACAAUCCUGCAGCAUUUCCUCCAGCUGACACUGACUGCAAUUCAAAACGCGGAGCCCGACGAAAGGUUUUGGUCUUUGGAGACCGAACUCUGUCUGAGGAACAAUCAACUUUUUGUUCCCCGCAUUCAGGAGUAUGAAGACCCCAAUGAGCGUACUAACUCGGCCAGAAGGCAAAUUGUCAAGGAGGUCACAUCGGAGACUCACGUCAUUGAGGUCAACCAGACUGAAACCUCAGUUGAAGUCAGGGCCAGUUCUAAGCUCAUUCAAGACAGGCCCAGACUGGACACGAUCGAGAAUGCCUUUUCCUGCUUGGCACCCAUCAAUCUGCUGUCUUACCAAGAGCCUCAAUACCUUUGUGUGGGCACACGCCAGGACAGCUCCGAAGCUGUAAUUGCAUUAUCCCCAACGAAUUCCUCGGUAUUUCAAGUUUCAAGCGACCGCGUUCUGUCCGCAAGCAUUGCCUCCAAUGCGGUUGCACUCCUGUCUGUCGUGUUAGCCGCGCAGGCUUGGGUACGGUCAGUGCCUCGAGGUUAUACUAUAUGGCUACAUGGAAUCAGCGAGAUGGCACGGGACGUUAUCGAAGUCGAGGCGAAGAAGAACGGCAUCAAGAUCUUUGCAAGUUCACCAGACUCAACCUCCGACAACUUUAUUCCACCGCGUGCACCCACGCGCAUGCUCAAGGCGUUCGUGCCCCGCAAGACUGCAGCAGUCAUCUUUGGAGACUCGAGCAGUGACGCCGACUCUUCCGAUCUUCUCUCGAAGGUCUCGUCUUUCCUCUUGGUGCGCGAGCCUUCCAGUGGACAUUUCUGGGAAUGCCCUGCAAGUCAAUCGGACAGACCAGCUUCUCAGCUUCUUGAAGCUGCAUAUGCGUCCACCAUUCAGCUGAAUGGUAUCACCGAAGAUCAUACCGCAAGGAUUGUACCAAUUGGCGACCUGAGCGGAAUCGAGGCGAGUGCGUCCACGACUGUCAUCGAUUGGCGACAGGCACAGAGCGUCCCAAUCCGGGCAAAUCUACAACCUGUCAAGCCCGAGCAACUCUUCAAGUCGGACAAGACAUACUUCAUGGUCGGUCUCACUGGUGACGUUGGAAUUUCCAUCUGCUCGUGGAUGAUCAAGCACGGCGUCCAGUAUGUCGUGCUGGCAAGCAGAAAUCCCAAUGUCAGCCAGACCUGGAUUGACUCCAUGGCAAAGCUGGGCGCCAAGGUUCUGGUGAUGGCCAUGGACGUGACAAACCCAGAUCGCAUCAAGGAAGUUGCCGAUGAGAUUUCCAAGACAAUGCCUCCAAUUGCAGGUGUCUGCAACGGAUCAAUGGUAUUGUCAGAUAAGCUCUUCAUGCAGAUGGACGUGGAAUCUGUGCAGACUGCUCUCCGGCCCAAGGUUGAUGGUAGCAUCCAUCUUGACCGCGCUUUCUCGGGCCAAGACCUCGACUUCUUCAUCAUGCUCUCGUCAACUGGCAGUGUUAUAGGAACACCUGGCCAGUCCAACUACCACAUGGCGAACACGUUCAUGGCUGGGCUUGCCGCUGAUCGGAGACGUCGAGGCCUGGCUGGAUCCGUUAUUGAUGUGGGCAUGAUUUCAGACACCGGAUAUGUCACCCGUCAAGAUCCCAUUGUGGCCAAGAAGCUGCGCAGCAUGUGCGUUCUCGCUCUCUGCGAAGCUGAGGUCCACGUGAUGUUUGCAGAGGGUAUUCUUGCCGGUCGUCCAGGAUUUUCUUCACAUAGCGAGCUCAUUGCCGGCCUGGCAAUCAGCGAUAAUGAAGCCGAGCGACCGUUCUGGGCCAACGAACCCCGAUUUGGCUUCUAUGUGAGAGAUAAGCGGGACUCCGCGACCGAGAACAUUGGCACCUCGGUUCUUGAAGACCUUCGGGCCGCCCUAGACGCGGCCACCGACGAGGAGACUGUCUUCGCCAAGGUCCGAGAAGCUUUCGCCCAGAGACUGGAGAGUCUUCUGCAACUACCUCAAGGAAGUGCAAAGAUGGACUUGCCUCUCGUCAGUCUUGGUCUAGACUCCCUUCUUGCAAUGGAAGUACAGACAUGGUUCCGAAAGGUUGUCGGCGCCGAAGUCAGCGUUCUUCAAAUCUUGAGCGGUGCUUCUGGAGAUUCGAUCUGCAAAGCGGCUUCCGCCCCCAUCUUCGCCAACAAAAGCAGCAGUCCAUCCAAGAAGGAGGCCUCAGAAGCCGAGACCAAGCCUGAGACCAAGCCUGAGACCAAGACUACUCAGCUAAGUGUACCGGUCCUCGAAGUGGAUGGCGCAUCGACGCCAAUCACACUAGACAACAGGACAACGCCAGGCACACCGGACGCAUCACCACCGACUCCGAUGACAUCCGUCGGCAGUGAAAGCAGGGACGAGCAGGCAGAUGGCUACUUCAAGGAGCGCAAGAUUCAGCGAGUCGUUCACCGAAGAGCGCAGAUGUCUUUCGCGCAAGCCCGGCUGUGGUUUCUUCAAGGGUUCCUGGAAGAUCCAACAACGUACAACGAGACGUCCAUGUACGCGCUCAGAGGGCCUUUGGACGUCGAUCAAUUGACGAAUGCAUUCCGGCAGGUGACCUGGCAUCACGAGAUCUUGCGCACAUACUUCUACACGGACUCAGCUACUGGUUUGCCGAUGCAAGCUGUGACAGCCACGUCAGCAUGCCCCUUCAAAUUUGUGGACGACGCAACGGAGGCAACAACUGCACAAGAGUACCAGGAUAUGAAAUCACGGCAGUGGGAUCUCGAAGAAGGUGUAUGCUUGGGAUUGACUGUCCUCCGACAUGCAAGCGACCGACACACUCUCAUCCUCUCCAGUCACCACAUAGCCAUUGAUGGUGUCACAUGGAUCCUUCUCUUGAAAGAUCUUGCGCGAGCAUACGAGGGGAAGUCUCUGCCCACCAUUCCGCAGUACGUCGACUUCGCAGUUAAACAGCGGUCCAUGGUAGAGCACGGAAACUGUGCCAAGGAGACCCAAUUCUGGAAGGAUGAGCUUGCAGGCCUUCCCGAUGCCCUGCCCCUCUUUCCCAUGUCGCUCACAAAGACUCGGAAGGCAACGAACCAGUACGCCACCACCAUCGUUGAUACGGUGUUGCCUAAAGACCUGGUAUCCCAAAUCAAGCAAGUCAGCAGCCGACUUCAUGUAACGCCGUUCCAUUUCCACUUUGCUGUCCUCGCAUCAAUGGUAUCUCGCCUUUCACAGACAAACGACUUCUGCAUUGGCACCGUUGAUACAGGACGGUCGGGCACUGAGUUCUCUCAGACGGCAGGAUGCUUCAUCAACAUCGUCCCCGUAAGAGUCAACAUGGGGGAGACCGAAAGCUUCGAAACUCUUUGCAAGAAAGCGUCUUCGAAAAUCCUCGCGUCCCUCACUAACUCCACAAUUCCCCUCGACGCCUUGCUGGAUGAACUCCAAGUUCCGCGCACGGCGCGACACAGCCCAAUCUUCCAGGUCAUCAUCAACUACCGACUUGGAAUCUUGGGAUUGAACUCCAUUGGUGAUGCUGCGCUCAAGUAUGUCCAAUCUCAGAGUUCAGGCAACCCGUAUGAUCUGGGAGUCAAUAUCACGGACACACCAGACGGAACUUGUCUCCUCCAUUUCGCCGUUCAAGAUGCGCUGUAUUCGAAAGAGGCUGCGCAGUCAAUUUUGGACUGUUAUCGAUGCUUGCUGGAGUCUGCUUGCGCAGCACCGCGGUCUGAGGUUGCCGAGCUUUCCAUGCAUAGGUCCUCCAUGCUGAAAGCUGUGGGCGAGUCAGAUGGCCAGGGGUUGACAGGAAGAGGCCGCCGAUUCAACAUUGAAUGGCCAUACACGAUUUCCCAUCGAAUCGACCAAAUCGCUGAAAGCCAUCCGGAUCUCGUUGCCAUCAAAGACGGAGAAAAGGUUUACACUUAUCGAGAGAUGAUGCAGAAAGUCAACAACAUGGCCGCAUCUCUGAGAGCUCUCGGGGUUCCUAGAAGCGCCGAGCCUUUCUGUUGUCUGUUGAUCGAGCCUUCGGCCGAAUAUGUGUUUGCAUACCUCGCGGUUUUGAAGGUUGGAGCCAUUGUUGUCUCCCUCGAUACCACCAAUCACCAAGAGAGGUUGGCUUCAAUUGUGGGCGACUGCAAACCACAGGCGAUCCUCCACGAUAAAGCGACUUCCGAUCUCACCCAACUGUUAGUCGAUUCUUGCCGUGGUACCUCGACCUUGGAUGUCUCUUCGAUUCUGCCUCGAGCUGGAGACCACGAAGUCCGUAAUUCAUCCGAUUCUCAAGCAGCAGCCGUACUUUUCUACACAAGCGGAGCGACCGGAGUCCCCAAGGGAGCCAUUUUGAAGCACAGAAACUACGUCAACUUGAUUGAAGCGUCUUCGCGUAGGCUUCAAGUCCGACCAAAGGAAGAGGUGAUUCUUCAACAAACCGGCGUCAGCUUUGAUCUUUGUCCAUUCGAGAUUUUCACUGCAUUCUCGAACGCGGCCACCUUGGUCAUGGCUUCCAAGGACCAACGCAGAGACCCAUCAGCCAUCGCUGACCUCAUCAAGAACGAAAAGGUGACGUUCAUGGCUGGCACACCUGUCGAGUUCAAGCACAUCUUCCAACACGCUUCGUACGUACUCAAGACUUGCGAAAAGUUCCGGACCGUGGCUGUAGGGGGCGAGAUCUUCACACCCCAGCUGGCGGCCCAGUUUAAGCAGGCAAUGCCACCAGGCGCGAACGUCUUCAACGUUUACGGACCGACAGAGGCGUGCAUCUUCGCCACGGUGGAACGCGUCAAGUACUUGGAAGACGGCUUGGACUUCGUGCCUGCGGGUCCUGCCCUGGAUAAUGUUUCGAUAUACAUUGUCGAUGACAGAAUGAACCUCGUACCAGAGGGUUGCGCCGGAGAAGUCUGCAUCGGAGGUGCAGGCGUCAGUCAGGGAUACCUUCGCCGCCAGGAGCUCACCAACAAGGCUUUCGUUUCGGAUCCUUUCGCUACUGCGGAGGAUCAAGGAAAUGACUGGAAGAUGAUGUACCGCACCGGCGAUUCCGGUUAUUUGAAGCCAGAGGGCUCGCUCGUCAUUCUCGGCCGUAUCAGUGGUGACAGCCAAGUCAAGAUCAGAGGAAUUCGCAUCGAGCUUGAGGACAUUGCGUCCAACAUUCUCAAGACGGCGAACGAAAAACUUGCGGAAGCGGUCGUCACCGUGCGCGGAGAAGACAAGACCUUGGUUGCCUUUGCCGUGAUCGCAACUGCCGCUCAAAUCAAAGACACCCAGGAGUAUCUCCGAUCACUCCCGGCAAGCCUCCCUCUUCCGGAUUAUAUGCGGCCUUCUAUCAUCAUUCCUCUUCAACAGCUUCCCAUGACCCACAAUGGCAAGUUGGACCGGAUUGCUUUGAAUGAGAUACCGAUCCCAGCUCAGGCUGAGGAAAGCAGCCAAGAAACGCUCACUCCACUCGAGCGUGACCUGCGUCAUGUUUGGGAACAGAUUCUUCCAGACACCAUCUCCCAAUCAACUGGCAUUCUUCCCAACUCCGACUUCUUCCGUCUCGGAGGAAACUCCCUGUUGUUGGUCAACUUGAGAAAGAAGGUACAGAAGCAGUGGCAGAUUUCUGUGCCUCUUCUACAAUUGUUUGAAGCAAGCACUUUGCGAUCAAUGGCAGCUAUGAUUCGAGGCGCCAAAGAAUCUAAAAAUGACGGCAUUGACUGGGAAUUCUGGGAUGAACAGACUCGUUUUGUCAGUCAAGCAGCCAUCGAGGGAGUAAGCGCUGCUCCAUCUCACGUGGUCCCGAAGGAAAACAAAAUCGUCAUUCUGACGGGCGCAGCUAAGGGACUGGGAUCAUGGCUCCUGAAACUCCUUCUCGAAGACCCCUCCGUUGGCAGAGUUCACUGCAUCGCCAUCAGUCAGGAACAAGUACCCCAGCUUCCAGCAAGCGACAAACUCGUGAUUCACAUCGGAAGUCUUGCGGAUCCAACCCUUGGUCUUUCGGGUGAAGCGCAACAAACCUUGCAAAGAGACGUGGACAUCAUAAUCCACGCCGGAGCUGAGGGCUCUUGCCUGAACAACUAUGACUCCAUUCGCGUUCAGAAUGUAGAGUCAACGAAGUUCCUGGCGAAUCUGGCAUUGGUCAGGAAGGUGCCAUUCCACUACAUUUCCAGCCCCCGCGUCAUCCUGUUCAGCGGAGGCAACACGUACCCCGAGCGGCCCAUUUCCGUGCAUUAUCCUCCAGCUGCUCUUGGCAGAGAGGGAUUCACCUCAACAAAAUGGGCGAGCGAGACGUAUCUCGAGAAGUGUGCGGCCGCAACCGGGUUAUCUGUGUCGAUUCAUCGCGCGGGUUACCUCAUGUCCGAGGACGCUGAUGAGAUGGACGCGGUCAACAUGAUCCACAAGUACUCAGCCAUCCUCAAAUCAGUCCCAUCUUUGGCUACGUUCUCUGGCUUCCUGGACAUGUGCAAGUUGCCGACAACGGCGGGAGCAAUUCUUCAAUCACUGACGAAUGACAAUUUUGGAGUCUCCUACGGCGCAACCAGAAUUAUCCACCACACUGAAGGCAACGUGGUGCCGGUUCAUGAGUUCCAGAGUUAG